UGUGGACACCCUUCCCCAAACAGAAGGGCUGUGAUUGGGCCUGGCUCUUACACUGCCCUGUUGGGCUAGACACAGCCUGGUCCUUAUGGGGCAUGUUCUGUCCUCUUUCUGUGAACAUACUAGCUUUGUCUUAGUUCAUGGGCCCGCAUGUGCUGAUUGUGAUCCCUGCUUUUAGGCUUCAUUCUUAUGAGCCAGCAUUGUAUUGAAAUGCACGGAAAUUCUAUUCUUGAGGAUGUCUACUUUUCCUUGUCGGGUCAUUUAAACGACACAGAGAUGGUGAGUUAAUUGAGGCUAGUGUGCUCCUUGUGACAAAAAGGAUGUAUUUGUAGAGAGGGGAUGGAAUAGCAAAUUUGGGCAGCAGCACCACAGCAUGGUCUUCUAGAUAUGAUUGUGCAGCUCCAAGAUACAGCCUCAGGGAAAAGAAUGAUGAACAACAACAGCUUUCCCUGAGAGCAUCAUGCUUAUAAAACUGGGGAACAAUGUUGCCCUUAGUAGCCAACCUAAGGGCUCAGAGAUUUCUUGUGAGUAUUGAAAGGUCAAAUACUGUCUUUCAAACAGAGGGAUGGUACUUUUCACCAUAGCAUGGUGCUUAACUUUGGUCAAAGGAGUCAUAGAGGCACACCUGAUUUGCUGUAAAGGAACUAGUCACAACCAGCCUCAUUUUUCAUAUGGAGGGCUAGCUCAGAGACUACCAUGGUCAUAGGCCAGAGAGUGAGAGUGACUCUCUGGCCUGGUCACUAGGGAACUCAUUAGAAAGUAGGAGGCCCAAGUUUAAAACCCUGUGCCACAGGCACCAACUUCUAGUUUUCCCUUGGGGUUCUCUGCCCUGAGGCCUCUGCCCCUCUGCCACUGCUCUUUGCCCUCCUCCAAACAUCUCCCUGAUCUGUUUGGCAGCAGCUGCCAAUUAGCUGUUUGGUGGCAUGGCCAAACAGCUGUUUGGUGGGACGACCACCCACAAUUUUUUUUUCCAGAGUCAACAUUUAUGCCCUGUGCCAGUGACUAAUCAUUUAUGUGCAAUGGAACAGCUUCAGCAGAAGAGCUUGAGAGUGCUCCACCCCUAAAUACCUCAUAACCCAGUGGCUAGGAUAUUGUCCUGUAGAAUUUGCAGUCUUACUGUAAUUCUCUUUUUUGAUAUUGAAUGUGGCCAUAAAGAAUGGGGUGAAAUGAUGCUAUGAGAAAACCCUGCUAAACAAAACAUCUAGGGGGUCAUUCUGCACUGAAGGCUCAUGACUUUCCAUGUGAGAUUUAUGCUACAGUCUUUUUCAUCCCCUCACAUACAAGAGAGACAGCAUCAUGUGGGAGUCUCUCUCCCCACCAGAACCCAGCAGCUGAUCUUUUAUGUUUGAAGUGCACCAUUUGCCGGGCUGGAAUUUAUCCUUGUGGAGCCGUACAAUCUCACUUUGGAUUGUAUGGCCCGUAUUUAAACAUUGUGUUUUUUAUCAGUAGCCAAAGGAGCAAGAAAAACAGUGUAUGGAUUAAAGUCAAGUGUGCUCUAUUUGAGAAAUGUUUCUGUUAGAACUAGAAGCUAUAAAACUGUUAGCAUUAAAAACUAAAAUGACUUUGUGUAAAUAACAAAUUUUAUACUGUUCUGUAUUGACGCUUUCUCUCAGUGACUCCUGGAUCAAAUGUGUUCCUUUUGCAAAUCAAAAGGUGAUUUUUCUAAUAGCCAUUACUCCAGACCCUGAGGAUCUGAAAACCAAGCUUUUAUCUGCCUCUUAUAUCAUCUCUUGGUAUAAAAAUCUUGCCAUCAACAUAUAGCUGAUCAUUUAGCAGAUAAUCUGUAAAGCAAGAUAAAAACUAGAUUCCCUAGCUCCAUAGGCUCUAUACAGCUAAAAGGAGCACUCACACUUUAAAGAACCAGUUCUGUUUAGUGCCAUUUACUCUGUUACCUUCUGCUCCAAAAUGCUCUUACUGAAUAUGCUUAUCUCCUUACAAACCUGAACAGUUUCCUGAGAGACAAGGUCUUCACAUCUCAUUCUCUCUGCUGGAAUCAAAUGCUAACAGUGGUGACUAUGUGUAUACAAAGUUGACAAAUAAUAGAAGGCAGCUCUACCCUGCCCUUGAGUGCAGGGGAGCUGGACAUGAAAACAGCUUUUGUUGAACCUUUGUAAAGAUUUGAUCUGCCAGCUCGGCCAUUGAAUCGCUGCUUGCACAUGCUACUGGGCCACCUUUAAACAAGACCUUGUUAGAUGAUCAGAUUUUAUUUUAAUCACUCGAACACCCAAUUUUCAUUCUCAAAACCUGUCAGGCGCACGCUGCUGAGCUAUUAAUGGGUUGAGAGCCCCUGGUAAGGUAAAACGUUAAUGAUGAUUCAGGUCAGACUGGGGGAGCAGGGUUGUAAAGAGGCCUGUCCGUGUCAUGAGCUUAUAGUUCUAUUGCCUCAAGUGACAUUGUGCAACCAGGAAGAAGAAGCAGCUUUGGAAAUUAACAAAGUAAAAAGGACCUUUCUGAGGAAGAAAACUUAUCAACAGAAAGAUGGUAACAGUGUGACCUGGAGUGAUAAAGCCCUAGUGAGAUUGGAGACUUGGAGAAGAAAAGAAAAUGAAAGGACUGAGCAUGCAAAGAAGAAGAGAGCAAUACUGGAGCUCCAGAAACUGCAGCAUCUCCACUUUCCAACAAGCCACUGGUUCUGUACUCGACCAGCCACUUCCCAGCAAUAUCAGAAUUUGCAGAUUUCUGAAAACCUCUUUGAAACAGAGUUUGCUGCUUGGAUGCAGCCUCACAAGAAGUUCCAUGUCCUUUCCCAUCCACGCGCUGUAAUGCAGGAGGGCCCCAUCAACUUUUCCAGGGAGUUUCCUUACAGACUAGCCUGGGGACCUGUGACCAACCAUGACUUGGAGGCAAAACUGUGUUACCCAAGGACGAUGCUGGACUUGUUUAAAGAAGGCAAAGCAAGCAGCCUCCUUGUAGAGAGAAAUCUGCAACCAACAAAAUCAAUCCCUAGCAAAGGGAGGUACAUCUUGGUGAAUGCUGAGACUCCUUCAAUAUCCUCAACCCCGCCUGUAAGCAGCCCACUGGAAGACAGGUUACUGAGUGUCCGAUUCCCCAAACAAAAAGAGAGGAUGCGUCAAACUCUGCCCCACAGGGUGCACAAGCAGUCUCAGCCUCCUGCAGCAAUGCGACACCCUCUCGCCUUAUGAAGGCAUUUCCAGGAGUGGCUAACACCAUAACAAGACAACUUGUUUAGUCCUGCAGAUCACAUUUUGUAAUGUGAUAUUUUUUCAAGCUAUGUUGUUAUCUGUUUACUCUCUGUAAUCUUGUAUUAAUUCUCCAUAGCUGAUACUCAUUAGCGCCAAAGUGAAUAUUCAAUGAGCAAUAAUAGCCAAAGGGUAUACCAUUUCCUAGGUAGGCCGAGAACCAGGGAGUAGGGUCGUGGAAAACUUUUAUGCCAAAAUCCAACUUUUCUGGUUUCAUUACCAGAGCUACGCUCUCACUAGUGUGCACUGACCUCAAGACCAUUUCAUGUGAACCUGGGACUGGAUUGGGCCUCUCAACAAACUUCAUACCACUCUCCCUUAACCUAUAGCCAUCUUUAUGAAGGAGUGGGCCUUUACUCCCCCAACAAAUGUCUUUGAGGAGGAGCUAGAUGGUCCUCUCUUCCCACCAGCUGUCAUCCAAGGAGCUGGCAAGCAGGCUUGCUGUGCUUCCCAAUACCAAAAAGGCUUCUGAAGGAUGCCAGGUAGCCCUACACUACCCACCUUCUGAGACCUGAGGUGACUCAAUUGGCCCAUAACUACUUGACAGGGUUUGCCUCUGUCUAAAAAUCUUGGGAAGGGGAGAGUGGCCCAGAACUAACCAUUUGGAGAC